CUGUUCCGAGUCCGUGACGCUUCCUGUGACGCGCCUCUCGCCGCACCACCCCGGAGAGACGGACAGCAGAGCUGCGAGAGACGGAGCCAGCCCCGGACUCACCGGACACCGGAGUCUCCAUCUUCUAGCCUGCCCUGUAGACCGUCGACGGCUCUCCGCUGCGCGCAUCCCGGGAACCACAUCCACCCACCUGAGCCAGCGCACCGCCCCCAGCAGCACCCGCACUCUGCAGUCAUGGAGGUUCCAGGCUUGGCGCACAACAUUACCAGUCCAUUAAGUCCCUGCGAGGGGAUGAUCAAGGACCUGAGCUUGGACGCCUUACAGUUAUGUGAACGAGAUGGAAACAAAUCCCAGGAUGGCAGCAUCUCUGAGAUGGAGGAGCUCCCUGUUCCUCAGAACAUCAAGAUCAGCAACAUCACCUGCGACUCCUUCAAGAUCUGCUGGGACAUGGAGGCCCGCAGCAAAGAGCGCAUCACACACUACUUCAUCGACCUGAACAAGAAAGAGAACAAAAACUCUAACAAGUUCAAGCACAAGGAUGUUCCUACCAAGCUUGUGGCUAAGGCUGUGCCGCUGCCCAUGACCGUCCGGGGUCACUGGUUCCUGAGUCCCCGCACCGAGUACACAGUGGCCGUCCAGACCGCAUCCAAACAGACAGACGGGGACUACGCUGUGUCAGAGUGGAGCGAGAUCAUCGAGUUCUGCACCGCCGAUUAUUCAACAGUGCAUCUAAACCAGUUGUUGGAGAAGGCGGAGGUCAUCUCCGGACGGAUGCUGCGUUUCUCUGUUUUCUACAGAAACCAGAAUAAGGAGUACUUUGACCAUGCAAGGGAACAAGGGAACCGGAUGCUGCCGUCGGUAAAGGACAACAGCGGCAGCCACGGCUCGCCCAUCAGCGGCAAACUGGAGGGCAUCUUCUUCAGCUGCAACACGGAGUUCAACACCGGAAAGCCCCCGCAGGAUUCCCCAUACGGUCGCCAUCGCUUCGAGGUCCGGGCUGACGCGCUGUUCAGCCCCGACACCAACCUCUACUUCGGAGACUUCUACUGCAUGUACACGGCCUACCACUACGUCAUCCUGGUCCUGGCGCCCAAGGGCUCCACGGGCGACGAGUUCUGCAAGCAGAGGCUGCCCGCGCUCGACAUCGCCAACAACCGCUUCUUGACCUGCCAGCAGGAGGACGACGGCGGCCUGGUCUUUCACCACGCCCAGGACGUGAUCCUGGAGGUGAUCUACACGGAGCCCGUAGACCUGGCCCUGGGCACGGUGGCGGAGAUCAGCGGGCACCAGCUGAUGAGCAUGUCCACAGUAAACGCCAAGAAGGACCCCAGCUGCAAGACCUGCAACAUCAGCGUGGGACGCUAG